GGCAAGUCCAUUCUGCACAUUGCGCUCCUGCAACGUUCCAUCUGGUUCUCAGCUUCUUUCAAAGACUCCCACCAAUCCUGACAAGCUCCCUUUUGGAAAGCGCGCUCAUCACUUCGGACACGUUCGUUGAGGAUCAUAAGCCGGCAGGUUGUCCCACAGUCUGAGGUAGCCAUCGUGUCGUGGUGCCGACUCAAGCCAGUGGAGGAUGGCAUCAUGCCUGGCAGCCUCGUCCGCUCGCAGUGCGCUCCUCGUGGGGCAAUCUAGCAGGGCACCGAGCACUGAGAAUGUCGAGCGCGGUCUGCUGUUCUGCAAUUGCCGGUCAGUUCUCGGGCCGGUCGGCUCCUCUGCCCCUGCUUCUUCCAGGCUCCAAAUUGGCGGUCAUCGUGUAGGCGGAGGACCGUUGUACCAAAAUGCACAGAGGACGAGAAAGAGCAUCGUACGAGCGGAAGCUGUAGACAAGCCCUCUGGUGGCAGCGGCAAGUUUCUGACCGGUUUCCUUAUUGGGGGGGUUGUCCUGGGAGUGCUAGGCUUCUUCUUUGCCCCUCAGAUUUCGAAGACGCUGCUGGGGGAGAAUGAGGACGGCAGCCCUCGGCGGUUACCGCGCUGGUUGGACGAGGAGGAUAGCCUCGAGGCCACACGCCGGAGCCUGAAUGAGAAGAUUGCCCAACUGAACGCCGCGAUCGACGAUGUCUCUGCUCAGCUUCGGGCGGACGAAACAGCUGACGAAGAAUUGGAGACGAGCCUUUAAGAUGCCCGGUGAAUGGUCCACCAUGCAAUCAUUCACAUUGCAAGGUGAAGGUCCGUUUGUUCCCAUGUGACUGGUCCUCCUUUGCAUAGCCGCGUAGGGAGCUUGGAGACAUGUACCGGACGAAGAACCUUGAGAUCCUGCUUCGCUCGUCUGGUAGGACACGGCAGUAGAAAAAGUUUCUAGUAUCCGACUUGAACGCUUAUAGGAGCAGUGGAUUGUCCGCCUGGGUCAUCUCGGCACCGUCCAUGCAAAUACUAUACAAAUGUGUAGAAGUGCGGCAUGGUCACGAUCACUCUUAAGUCACAACAACCGAACGGUGCAUGCCAUAAAUUUUGAUGGCAAGUAGUACUGAAACC